AUGAAGACCACAUGGAAGGAGAUCGCUCCGGUGCCGACCAACCAGGAAUUCCUCGAUAUCGUCCUUAGUCGCACACAACGACGACUGCCGACCGUUAUUCGUGCUGGUUUUCAGAUUAGUCGUAUUCGAGCAUUCUAUACGAGAAAGGUCAAAUUCACAUCGGAAACUUUUUGCGAAAAGUUCCAGGCUAUCCUCGAUGGCUUCCCUCGCUUGCAGGAUAUUCAUCCUUUCCACAAGGAUUUGAUGAACACAUUGUACGAUGCAGACCAUUUCCGAAUUGCGCUUGGUCAAAUCUCCACCGCCAAACAUCUCAUCGAAACCGUCGCUCGCGAUUACGUUCGACUGAUCAAAUACGCCCAAUCGCUCUUCCAAUGCAAACAACUCAAGCGUGCUGCGCUCGGUCGCAUGGCCACAAUCUGCAGACGUCUCAAAGAUCCUCUGCUGUAUCUUGAGCAAGUCAGACAGCAUUUGGGUCGUUUGCCAUCCAUCGACCCCAAUACUCGCACGUUGCUGAUUUGCGGAUACCCAAACGUCGGAAAAUCUAGUUUUUUGAAGAGUAUUACUCGCGCCGAUGUUGAUGUACAGCCUUAUGCAUUUACGACGAAGAGUUUGUUUGUUGGGCAUUUUGACUAUAAGUAUUUGCGGUUCCAGGCGAUUGAUACUCCUGGUAUUCUGGAUCACCCUCUUGAGGAGAUGAACACAAUUGAGAUGCAGUCUAUUACGGCCAUUGCGCAUUUGCGGUCGGCGAUCUUGUAUUUCAUGGAUUUGUCGGAGCAGUGCGGUUACUCUGUUGUCGAUCAGGUCAAGUUGUUCAACAGUAUCAAGCCUCUGUUUGCGAACAAGCUUGUUUUUGUUGUUGUCAACAAGAUUGAUGUCAAGCGUCCUGAAGAUCUGGACCCGGAGACCAAGGAGUUAUUGGAUAGUGUGUUGAAGCAGGGAAAUGUUGAGAUGCUUCAGCUGUCUUGCACUACCACCGAAGGCGUGACAAACGUCAAGAAUGCCGCUUGCGACAAGCUCAUUGCAGAGAGAGUGUCCCAGAAACUCAAGGCCGGUACCAACAGCAGCGGAAAUCCAAGCGGACGUCUUGGUGAAGUUUUGUCGCGUAUCCACGUCGCACAGCCCAUUGGCGGUGUUCGCGAGUCAUUUAUCCCCGACGCAGUCAAGAAUCUCCAGAAAUACGACAAGGAAGACCCCAACCGCCGAAGACUCGAACGCGAUAUCGAAGAAGAGAACGGCGGCGCUGGUGUGUACAGUGUCGAUUUGCAAAAGAACUACACCCUUGCCAACGACGAGUGGAAAUACGACAAGAUACCCGAAAUCUGGAACGGCAAGAAUGUUUAUGAUUACGUUGACCCUGACAUUGAAGCCAAAUUGGCUGCUCUUGAGGAAGAGGAGGAAAAACUCGAAGCAGAAGGGUUCUACGACUCGGACGACAGUGUCGAAGACGCUGAGGAUGCCGAAAUCCGCAUGAAAGCAGACUUGAUCCGCGAGAAGAAAGCAUUGAUGAAGAACGAAGCCCGCUUGAGAAAAUCGCUCAAGAACAGAGCCGCUAUACCGCGUAGCGCCAAGGCGAAGAGACUCUCGGAGAUGGAGAAGGCUCUCGAUAAUGCUGGAUACGAUACUUUUGAUGCUGUCACCCGCGCACAGAGUCAAUCACAACCUUCUCGCGGCCGUGCAUUGAAUCGCGAUGGCGCUGAUGGUAAUGGUGACGAUGCAAUGGAUGUUGAUUCCAACAACCCACGCGACGCAAUUGCGCGCGCCAAGAGCCGCGCUCGCAGCCAAGCAGCCACGAACAGAUUGACAGACGGCGUCACAGACACCACAUCGCGCAGUAAGGCAGAGCGAUUGACCAAGUUGGGACAGAAGAAGAUGAAUCGUAUGGCGCGCCAGGGUGAGGCUGAUCGUCACCAGACCGUGUCGUUGGCGAAGCAUUUGUUCUCUGGAAAGAGAGGUAUGGGCAAGACGCAACGUCGUUAG